AAACCUAGACAGCAGAGGGAAAUCCCCAAUCCAAAUCGAGGAUCCAUGGAGACGGAGGGCGGCUCCAGUGGGUCGCCGUCGAGCGGGUCGUCGGCCAAGUCCUCAGGCUCAAGUGGGUCGUCUUCGAGCGGGUCGGCGGCGCCGGCGAGGACGAGGAAGCCGGGGACAUGGAGGAGGCUCCCGCGUGUCCCGCGCGCCCCGACCCAUGCCAUCAAGGAAAGGGGGGAGAUGGGGAUAUGGUUCAUAACGCCUGAGGAGUUGCAGCGGCAGGCCCGGGAGCGUGCCAACGAGCUGGAGAAGAUGGACGACAGCGGGUGCGACACGGAGGAGGCCAGAAUCGCCUUCCAGGAAUUCAAGAAGCGUCAUGUACGCUUGUACCGCAGCAUCGCCGAGGGCUGGCCGGAGCAUAUAGUCGUCAACCGCAACCCGGAGCUCAGCGACACGGAGGAAGAGUAUCUGACCGCCGAGGACAUGGAAGCACGCUUCUCACAUCGUAACCCCACUCAUGGAGCACAACUAAAACACUUCGCUUGCCUUGCCUUGGCACAUUACAAUGCCACAAAGACCGAGCACAAGUUUGAACUUGGUGAAGCCUUGACGUCUAACUGCUUUUCUGAGGCGUGUGGGACGACAUAUGCUCAUGUCAACUUCACGGCCAUUCCCCAGAAGAGUAAUCACCCUACGAAGAGGUUAUUCUUUGCUGAGCUCAUGCUCAUUCCAGAGCUCCAGAUGGAGGAGGAUACCGAGCCUAUGCGUGUGCUGCAUGUCUCGACUAUUGAUGAUGUUCCCUGUUAUGGUGGAUGCCAUGAAAUAUGUCGGAAGAUCACUCACAGGAUGAGGGGCGUCAUGGACUACGAGCGAUGCCACGCAUGUCACGGCAAUCUGAAGCAUCCAAAAGGAGAUAUGUUCAUCGGAGGGCAUAAUAGCACGAGGAUGCCCUACUACUCUGCACCCUAAGAUGUGAAUUAGUAACAGCUUAGAAUAGAAGGUUAAAAUUACCAUCAAGUGUGAUGUUUGCAUGAGUAAAGGCUAGAUGUUUAAUAUUAUUGUUA